UAGUUGUAUCUGUAGAACCUGUGAGGUUUAAAACCUUUAGUAUAAAUCAGGGACCCAACAGUCACCAGCUCUACAUCACUUUUACACUGCUUCUGCAAUGAGGGGUUUAUUUGGAUUCGGGUGGUUAAUUCUCCUGAUUGUAGUUGAAAAUGUAGAGACUCAAAAGAAGCCCUCUAUAAAUAUUUACUCUAAAUGCCUGGGGAACAUCAUGCGUCUGGAUGUCGGUCCAGUUGGAGGAAAUCUUCUUGAAGUCUCUGUCUUGAAUAACUCUACAAAUCUCCUGACACAAAGUUUAGCUUCUCAAUGUGGCUUCAGUAUGAAGAUCGAUCAGCUGGGAAAUGCCAUGAUUUUUGCCUCUUUGCAAAACUGUUUUGCUGAAAAUGUGGACGAUGAAGCAUUCACAACAACAAUAAAUCUACGACUGCAUGGGAGCCAAAUGCUUGAGGAUGAGCUGUACCAGGUGGCCAAAACUUGCCCGUACACCGCCUGGGCCUCCAGGGAAAUUGUCUGUGAGCGCAACUAUAUGGAGGUGUCUGUGCAAAAUGUCUCUCCUGGACGUCCUGUCCCGGAUGACGACGCGCUGGGUGAUCCACAAAGAGUUGCUGGAAAACGGCCCUCGGACGCAGGGUUCACAAUCAAAGCACUUGUGUUCUUUACUCCUGAGGAGAGGAUCAUGAAGGUGAAGGAGGCCCAGAGACGAGGUUAUGGGAUCUCAAACACUCCAACGAGACUGGUUCUGCGCGCUCCACUUUCUUCCCCAGAAACCUACAUCCAGACUGUUGCCGGUUUGCCUAUGAAGGUGCUCAAAACGUCAACAAUAUUUGAAAAUAAGUGGCUGGCGACGCAGAUCGACGCUGCUGCCGCAUGCCCAGUAAUGGAGGGUAGUGUUUCUUUCACUCCACACUCAAUCAGCUGGUUCCUACCGAGGCGAAUUGACCCCUUGAUUUCCUCUGGCCAGUUUAAACUGCUGGAGGUGCACAUGGGCGUUGACGGCCAGAGGCUCGACGUUGCCAAGAUGGCCGCCAGACGUUACUCCAUGUCAGUCAAUGACUUGUACAUCAUCACUGAAAUCCCUAUUGGGGCUGUCGGUGGCCACUUUAAGAGCCGUGUUCAGGAUGGUCAGUAUUUCACUGCUUAUACAAUUGAGCCGAUGCUCGAGUUGUUCUGGUCCGAAGACUCUAAAAAGGACACAAGAUACAAAGUCCUCCUUCCCAUUACCACGCCGUUUCUGCCUCAACCUCCACGAGUUAUUGACAACACCGUUCCUGAGGAGCAGAUAUUUAAGGUGUUGCUUGGCCCCUUCUGCGCUGAUGUGGCACUAAUUAACAUCACCUUCUCAUCUGAGGUUUUAUCUGCAGCCGACUGCAUUGCCAGAGGCCUUAAAAUCCAGGAGCACAUGUCUCCCAAGAGCUGCUCAAAGGUCUUUACACUUGAAGUGCCCUUCGCGGACCGCAACGUUCAACAAAUGAAAGAAAUGGGGAUGUCAGUCUACUCUCUUGAGCUGACAUUUGGCUUGCUGGUUAUGUGGCAGUCGGCACCAUUUUCUCACACCGCUUAUCUGGAAGCUAAAUUUGUGAACAACGUGCCUCCCUCAGUCUCUGGUGGCUGUGAUUAUCAAAACUUCUAUAUCCUCGUGAAAUACGGGACUCCCGGCUUCAACUUCAAGACACUAGUGGGAAAACGAAUGUUGACCCCUAACCUGGCUCAGCAGUACAACUUCAUGGACAAUGGCACGCACUUCAGUGUUACUGUACCUUUUCUAGCCCUCGAUGUGGAAAUUGAGGCUGUUGAAAAAUCCUCCAUCAGGAGCAGACUGGACGUGUCUCUGAGAAGUCCAGACACACUCGACAAUAUCGACACCUUUGCUGUGGCUUGCGAUUUCUUCUCAACACUGACCGAAUGUUUCCCCAACGGGACGAUAACCACCCUGGCUGUGAAACUGGAGUCUGUUCCCAGUCUUCAACUCAGUCAGCUCACCCUCAGAGACCCCAGCUGCGGUCCCUCCUACAGCGACGACCGCUAUGCUUAUUUUGUCUUCACCGGGAACUCCUGUGGGACGACCAGAACGUUCUUGCCUACUAUGAUGCUGUAUGAAAAUGAGAUCUUUCUGCCGGCUCCUGCAAUGGAAUCUAACUCAAAGACUGAAGAGUCUGAGGCUGAAUAUGAGUUUAAGGUUGCCUGUUAUUUUGAUCUCCACACCAACCGUGCUGUUGCCUUCAACAACAGACCUCGCAGGAGUAAACCAUUUGCUGAGAACGGAAUAGAAGAGCUGCAUGUUAAGAUGAGACUUGCUCUUGACGACUCCUACAGCACGUUUUACAGGGCUGAUUACAUCGCAAAGUACCUGCAACAGCCUCUGUAUUUUGAGGUGGAAUUGACUACAUCCGGAAACUCCGUAUCACUGGAGCUCGUGGACUGCUGGGCGACGUUGGAGGACGACCGUACUUCCCUUCCCAAAUGGGAUCUCAUCAUUAAUGGCUGUGCAAACCCACGGAACCCCCACAAGGUGAUCUUCCAUCCGGUUUUUCCUGAUACCAGAGUUCAGCAUCCAUCGAACUUCAAGCGCUUUGAGAUCCCAAUGUUUGCCUUUACUAAAGACGAAAAUAACUUAAGCCGCCAGGUCUUUGUCCAUUGCGACGUGGUGGUCUGCGAUGCUACGAACCCAGUGGGACGAGCUUGUAAUGUGACGUGCUCCGACCAGGACGCUGAGAUGAAAGGGGAUAAACCUGCAGUUUCAGAUGGCCGAAGUAUCAACCGCCUGACAUGAGAACCAAUGCUUAUAAGUUAAAGCUUUUAAAUGGACUUUUCACUAUUCUUAAAUGUCACUAUUGAUUUAUUUAGUCAAACAUGCUUUUGUGGUAAAACAAUUUGCUGUAUUGGUCUUCAUAUGGUUAAGAUGUUCUUUACCUGUACAAGACUAUUAGUAACUUCGUACUGUGACAAGUCAACCCAGCUUGUUGACAAUCUACAUGUUGUACCUAAACAUUUAGAACUGCUUGCAAAACACAAACCAGCUGAACAUUUUUAAAGACUAAAGCUUUUUUUUUUCUGUUCUUUCAUACAGGCGGGCCUAUAGUGUAGUCAACCAUUCUCCUUAAAUGUGAAAGGAUAACGCUUGGUCAGUGGCACUUGAACCUGAAGGAAAAUGUACUUUACUGCAAUGUGUAAAUAUUCUGUUGAAAUAAAGUCUGUAUAUACUGAA